UAAAUCGAAAUAUUUUCUUGAUCAUGUAUUCUGGCCAGUAUGUUCAGAAAUUAUUCAUUAUAGUACUCGUGAUUGAAUCAACAUUUUGUGACACAAAUGAACCGCGAUGUUACAGCCGGUUUGACUACGAGGAAAAAAUGUUGGAGAAAAUGGUUAAAACUGAGAUCAAGAAUGGGGAGCUUUUAGUUAAACUAGAAGCACUUGAAAGGAGACUGGCGAACGUUGAAUCUAAGGUAGACAAUUCGGUAAAGGAAGUAGAAGGUCUGGAAAUGAAACACGAUUCUGAAAAAGAGGAGACAGUGAAAUGGGUACAAGAUCUUAAAAAGGCACACGAUAGUUUACAAAGUGAGUUGGAAGAUUUUGAAAACACGACAAAAUCCUAUCUUGACGAGCAAGGGAGAUCCCUUGAGGUAUACGAUCAACGUCUGGACGCUAUGUUCCGGAACAUGACAGAGAGUAAGCACCACUCUCCCGUUGCUUUCUUCGCCACCCUACCUUCUAGUUUUACAACAUCCGCCUCCUCUCAAACGAUCGUAUUCAACAGCCUCGUCACAGACGUGGGUGGAGGUUACAACUCGGGGACAGGCGUUUUCACCGCCCCGGUCGACGGUCUAUACGUGUUAUCAGCUUCUGUCAUGGUUGACCUGUCCACGUCGACGACCUCCGCCCAUAUCAGCAUAAACAAAAACGGCAGUCACGUAGUGUAUCUCUAUGUCAACGACAGUGACGGUAACUACGAGACAGGCGUGGGCACUGUCAUUCUCUCGUUGCAGGUCGGGGAUACUGUAAAGUUGACUUGCAAUGAAAGUGGACGAAUCAUUUAUUACAACUCGAUCUUUUCCGGUUUUAAAUUGUAAACAGGGCAUGAAUGAGCACAGAACAUUGAAGUGGAUUGAGCUCGCUAUCGUUUAUCUUCAAUUCAAUUAAUUUCAUUUUAAUUAUUAGAGAUCCUAUUUAAUUCGUACUUGUGUGUGGCUUUUUGUUUGUCAA